AUGAGUCUCCAGUGGACCCUAAUCGCCGGCUUCCUCUACGUCGAGAUCGCUAUAGUGCUGCUGCUGGUGCUGCCGGUGGCGAGCCCCAAGCGGUGGAAUGCGUUUUUCAAGUCGAGGUUCCUGCAGGGGCUGCAGAGACAAGCGGGGAUUUAUUUCUUGAUUCUGCUGGCGAUCCUGGUGUUGGUCCUGUUGGACGCGAUCAGGGAGAUGCGGAAGUACUCGCAGAUAGAUUCAGAGGAACACGGCCACGCCCACCUCGACCGCGAAAUGCAAGGCAGCAUGCGCCUCUUCAGAGCCCAGAGGAACUUCUACAUUUCCGGCUUUUCUCUCUUCCUCUCUCUGGUGAUCAGACGACUGGUGACCCUCAUUUCAUCCCAAGCCGAACUCCUCGCCCAGUCUGAGGCUUCCCUGCGCCAGGCGCAGAGCGCCACCACCGCAGCCAGAAGCCUCCUAGCCCAACAAGGCGAAAUGGCCCAGAACAGCAGCAACGAAGCGCACGACAAGGAAGUCACCGAACUGAAAACCAAGAUCAAAGAGUUGGAAGAAGAGCUCGCGACCGAGGUCAAAGACAAAAGCGCCUUGAAGAAGCAGUCCGACAAUCUGGCGAAAGAGUACGACCGGCUGGCCGAAGAACACAGCAAGCUCCAGAAGAAGAUCACUAUUAGCGCCGAGGGGGAUUCCAAGAAGGAUAACUAAAUUGUGAUGGAAUUUUUUAAAUUUUAUGCACGUAAGGCUGAAUGUGAUUAUAUUCACACUAUUUAUAACUGAUUAAUAUUACCACUUAGUAGCUACUAGCUAUGGUCUACCACGGUAUUUUGGAUACUUAUUUUUCAGUGAGUUGGUUACAUGUAAAUGUUUGAGUGUGCUGUAUUUGGUUUUAUUUUAGUUAGGAUUGUUCUUUUAUUCGUUUUUUUUUUUUUUUGUAUUGAAACGUGGGCAUAAUGUUACGGUUGAUAGUUUUUAUUAAUAUUUACAAUAUUGUUAUUUGUCAAAAAGCUUUUUAAAAUAAAAAGUGUCUAAUAACUCUA